AUGGACCCUUAUGUGAUUCAGAAGAACGGCAAUGGCACCCUCCCUCCAGUUCUGGAUGUGCAGGUCAACACUGGUGGGAGAAGUUCCGUGCAAGGGAAAAUGAAAGGCAGGAAGGCCAGAUGGUGCGUGAGGCCCUCGGAAAUGUCCAACAGAACUUUCAAUCCCCUCCGGGGCUUUGUGGACAGCAUGAAGGUUAAGACAAAUCCAAACAAAGCUCUGAUUUCUCUGUCAAUUGGAGACCCAACUGUGUUUGGAAACCUGCCUACAGACCCUGAAGUUACCCAAGCAAUGAAAGAUGCCCUGGACUCAGGAAAGUAUAAUGGGUAUGCUCCAUCCAUUGGUUACCUAUCCAGUCGAGAGGAGAUUGCUUCUUAUUACCACUGUCCGGAGGCACCCCUGGAAGCUAAGGAUGUCAUUCUGACAAGUGGCUGCAGUCAGGCUAUUGAACUUUGUUUAGCUGUGUUGGCCAAUCCAGGACAAAACAUCCUAGUUCCUAGACCCGGUUUUUCUCUCUACAAGACUUUGGCUGAAUCUAUGGGAAUCGAGGUCAAACUCUAUAAUUUGUUGCCAGAGAAGUCUUGGGAAAUUGACCUGAAACAACUGGAAUCUUUGAUUGACGAAAAGACAGCAUGUCUCAUUGUUAAUAAUCCAUCAAACCCCUGUGGGUCUGUGUUCAGCAAAAGGCAUCUUCAGAAAAUUCUAGCAGUGGCUGCAAGGCAGUGUGUCCCCAUCUUAGCUGAUGAGAUCUAUGAAAAUAUGGUGUUUUCAGAUUGCAAAUAUGAACCUCUAGCCCCCCUAAGCACCGACGUUCCCAUCCUGUCCUGUGGUGGGCUGGCCAAGCGCUGGCUGGUUCCUGGCUGGAGAUUGGGCUGGAUCCUCAUCCAUGACCGAAGAGACAUUUUUGGCAACGAGAUCCGAGAAGGGCUGGUGAAACUGAGCCAGCGGAUCCUGGGACCCUGCACCAUUGUCCAGGGAGCUCUGGAAAGCAUCCUCCAUCGCACCCCUCAAGAGUUCUACCACAACACUCUAAGCUUCCUCAAGUCCAAUGCUGAUCUCUGUUACGGAGCAUUGGUUGCUAUCCCUGGACUCCAGCCAGUCUGUCCUUCUGGGGCCAUGUAUCUCAUGGUUGGAAUUGAGAUGGAACAUUUCCCAGAAUUUGAGAAUGAUGUGGAGUUCACCGAGCGGUUAGUUGCUGAGCAAUCCGUCCACUGCCUCCCAGCAACGUGCUUUGAGUACCCGAAUUUCUUCCGAAUGGUAAUCACAGUGCCAGAGGUGAUGAUGCUGGAGGCCUGUAGCCGGAUCCAGGAGUUCUGCGAGCAGCACUACCACUGCGCUGAAGGGAGCCAGGAGGAGUGCGACAAAUAG